GAUCAAUCGAACUUCAAAACGCCUCUGAUAAGAUCUGCACAUAAAAUCAGCCAUCAAUCAAUCAAGAAUAACAUAAUCAACCAUGGGAAUCAUAGAAAUGCGAGUACAUGUAGAUUGUCCAGGAUGUGAGGACAAGAUCCGAAAAGCUCUUCAAAGACUCAAAGGUGUUGAGAACGUAGAUAUAGACAUGGGGUUACAGAAGGUGACGGUGACUGGAUACGCUGAAGAGAAAAAGGUGUUGAAGACCGUGAGAAAGACUGGCCGCCGAGCUGAGAUCUGGAACGUACCCUACAACCCUGAUCUCCGAAGCCAUAACUACAACGUUAAUCAAUAUGCUCAACAGCAACCACAAAACGGUGGUUCUGGCCAUGGCCCAGGUCCCUCAGCGACGUUCUACACCAGGCAGCCAUCAUCGGCAUCUUCAUACAACUACUACAAACACGGUUAUGAUAACCACGAGGGUUAUAACCCAGUCCAGUCAUCAGGUUUAAUUGGACACCAGACUGGUGCUGCUUUUAGUGAUGAAAAUACAAAUGCUGCCUGCAACAUCAUGUAGCUUAUACAUACAUACAUAAUAUAUAUGUUGGUGUAGUUUUUGUAUUUUUGUCAAAGUUAAUUGUCACACAUAGGUGGGAAGAUCAAACUUUUGUAUGUUUAAAAGAUUUGUUCUCUGACUUUUUAAUAUAAUGGAUUAAGAGCAUGAAGUGUGCCAGUAUGUGCACUUUG